AUGAAGCCGAACAUGAGUGGGACUCUGGACAUGGUGAACUCGCCAGUCUUUCCAGUAGAGAAAGAUUUGGAAAUUCCAGACUCUGCUAUUCCAUUGAAUCAAACGACAUCCAUUCAGGUAUAUAUUCAGCUGGCUGAACCUGCAGUGUUCUUACAAGGAUUCGAACAACGUCAAUGGGAAGAAAGACCUCCAGGACUUUUGAGAGGAUCCCUCAUUUUGAGAGUGCUUAAACCGAGUAAAAUAAAAUUGAUAGAACUCACCUUCAAAGGAGUCUCAAAAACGGAGUGGCCGGAAGGGAUUCCACCUAAAAGACAAGAAUUUCUUGAAUCGCUAGACAUCGUGAGCCAUACAUGGCCCUUUUUUCAACUAGAACAUAAUAAUGUCGCGAACAGCAGCUCUACAGACCCGGAUGAUUUGUUGAAAGGAAGUGCCGCUGCUGUGUAUCGCCCAUUGAAGAGAAAAGCAGAAAGCGUAAGUUAUUUCAAUUUGAAUCCUGUUGCGUCCCCAAACUCGUCAAAGACUCAGGGUUCAAAUUUUCUACCGAUAGGGGGGAUGCUUCGAAAGGCAACUUCGCCUGAUGCCCACCCAAACCGGCAAUCACGAUCCAACACUAAUGCACUAUCCGACCUACUUACGGGGACACUUUCAAACAAUAGUGAUUCUGCAUCUGUUUUUUCUAAGUCUUCAAGCUCAGGUAACGAGCCAUUUAUUUUUCAGCCUGGCGACUAUGUAUAUGGUUUCGAACAAACAAUCCCACUAUCAUGUCCGGAAAGUAUUACGGCAUCUUUUGGGUCGGUCGAAUAUUACCUGAUGGCCUCAAUAGAGCGUUCGGGUGCAUUUAAGUCAAACAUACAUGCAAGACUUCCCGUUAGCAUGAUAAGGUCUCCUUCUGACUCCUCGGUUGAAGAGACGGAGCCCAUAGCUAUAUCUCGUGAUUGGGAGGAUCAAUUACAUUAUGACAUUGUAAUUGCUUCGAAAGAUAUUGUGCUUGAUGCGUUUUUACCAAUAGCCUUUAGAAUCACUCCUAUCAACAAAGUAACGCUCCACAGAAUAAGAAUUUAUCUCACAGAAACAAUGGAGUAUUACUGCAAAAACAAGAAGGUGCACCGCUUAGAACCUACUAAGAAAUUUUUGCUUGCUGAACACAAAGCUCCACCCUUGGAAGACCUUCCCAAUGGAGCUAGCGCCGCUAAGGCUAAAAAUCUUGGCAACCUUUUGUUGGACGAGUAUGGGGAUUUGGUUUCAAAAGAAUUUGAGUAUCAAGUUUUUAUUCCUGAGAGACUCAACGUUCAGCAACGGAUACACCCAGAUACAUCUUAUCAAAACAUAAAAGCUAACCAUUGGAUCAAAAUAUGUUUAAGAUUAUCUCGCCUAAUAGAUGGGAAGCGGAAACAUUAUGAAAUCAGUAUCGACUCACCUAUUCAUGUUAUGAACCGGUUGUGCUCCCAUGCUAAUACAUUGUUGCCGAGUUACGAUACUCAUGCUUUGAUUCCUGGCACUGACUGCUCUAAAUUCGGAGACCUUAAUGUCAACCUAUAUCAUGUCUCAAAUCUUUAUUUCCCCAAGGAAGUUAUUAGAUCACCGAUACUAUCGCCAGAAGUGCAGCCUUUGGAGGAACGUGGUGGGGCGUUUUCUCCUAGGUCAUUAAGCCCGAUUCGUCACGGAAGUUCAGGCCUUAGCCUUCACCAAAAGAAACAUGAUGAACAUCAGAAAACAAUGAACGAUUUCCUCUUGAACUCUCCUGAACUAAAAUCUAAUCUGUAUCAGCCUGGAAAUCUAAAGCCGGAGUUAACUUCCCCCCAAGCAAUUCCUCUUUCGCCGAUAUCCUCCCCGUUAGCUAGGCCGAUUCAUUUACUUAGACGACCCAGCUUUGAACCACCACCAUUCGAUGCAGAAAUUGCUCCACCGCCUCAUCAAAGCUUGAGUUUGGACUCAACGUUGCAUCUUGAUGCACCCAAGGAUCCACCAAGUUAUGAAGAGUAUCUGAAUGCAGAGGGGAUAGCUCCGAAUACGAAACGCCCCUCAUUCAUGGUUACUGGAGUUGAUGGAGUGCGCUUACAGCACAGAUUGCCUAAAAAUAAUUCAGGGAAGAGCGCAGAGAGUCUAGAGAAUGAUAUCGCUUCCUCGUUUGCUUUUAGUGGUUCGUCUCCUGGAUCGCCCGAUCUUCCGAGCUCUAUAUUCAAAGAGCAUUCGCCAAAAUUGAAGCCACUGAACUUAGCGAUAAGUGCAAGUAGAAGAGGAAGCAUUCAAGAUAACUUACCAUCUACAGUCAAAAACUCCAGUGAAUCGUACAACGACAUGAACAGUAUCUUUAAUCCUCCAGAAAGAACUAGUGAGAGAAAUACAUCCAGAAGUCAAUCAUCGUCGGUUGCAACCUCCCCACGGUCUUCGAUUGACACAAACACAGACUAUAUGGCCCGUGAAGGCACUGCAAAUAACAUGGCAUCUCUUAUGAAUUAUCGAACUAAUCAAACCACCGAUACGCUAUUACAAUCUAAGGAUUCUUUUGCUGGAUACGACGACUCAGCAACAGAUGCCUCUGUUGACAUCACUGCUCUUUAUGACCGAAACAGCAAUAGCUGGCACCCUUUGCAAAACGAAACAGCUGGAUCCCCACAUCCAAUCAGGGAUUACUCUCUUGGAGUUGCCGAUGGGAACAGCGUCUUUGAGGAUUUCAAAACAGCGUUCAAAAUUCCUGCUGGAUCAGGAACACUUAGAGCCAGGCGGAAUCCCGUCCAAGAGUCAAAUGCUUCCUCAAUUUCUGCAGGGUCUGACACUAGUCCAGGAAAUUCCACUAUUAUGAGUUCGAUUGACAAUAGAAAUAGUGAGCUUCCUUGA